AUGGUGAUGAUUUUGGAUAUGAAAAUCACCUCAUCUCACUUGCUCUCCGAUGCACUAGCACUAGCAUUUUCUCUUGUUUGUUGCUGCAGUUCUAUGGCCUCAACCAUGGACAGCAAUAGGCUGGAGCUCGGAGGAGGAAACGAAACGGAUAGGCUAGCAUUGCUUGCCAUUAAAGCUCAACUACACCAAGAUCCUAAUCAGCCGAUCCUGAGCUCAUGGAAUGAGUCCACUCAGUUUUGUUUGUGGUAUGGUGUCAUCUGCGGCCGGAGCCAGAAUCAGAGCAGGGUCACUACCCUGGACCUAAGUUCCCUGAAGUUAUCCGGCUCCAUAUCUCCUCACAUAGGAAACCUGAGCUUCCUAAGAGAGUUACACCUCUACAAUAAUAGCCUCACCAACAAAAUCCCUCCAGAAAUUGGGAACUUGCAGAGGCUGUGGAAAUUAGCUCUACAUAACAACUCACUCAGCGGUCCUAUUCCUCCCAAUAUCUCCAACUGCUUCAACCUCAGUUUUCUUGAUGUUGGUUUCAACAUGCUGGGAGGUAAGAUUCCCUCAGAACUUGGUUCCUUGUCUAAGCUCGAGUAUCUUAGGUUGGCAGUUAAUAAUCUAACAGGAGAGUUACCUUCUUCCUUGGGUAACAUCUCUAGUCUUGUGAGAAUUGUUGCUCAUAGGAACAAUUUGGUGGGAAGUAUUCCUAGUUCUUUAGGCCGAUUGAAAUUAUUAUCAUCUUUGAUAUUGGAAUCAAAUAUGUUGUCUGGUACCAUCCCUCCCUCUAUCUAUAACAUCUCUAGUCUCCAAACUUUUCUCCUAUCAACCAACCAAUUUCAAGGGAGCUUUCCCCCAUCCUUGUUCACAACCCUUUCGAAUAUCCAAGAAUUUAGGAUUAACGAAAAUCAGUUAACCGGAUCACUUCCUCUCUCGAUAAGCAAUGCCAGUAAUCUAGUGGACUUUGGAGUUGGAGAUAACAAGCUAAUAGGACGAGUGCCAAAUUUAGGAAAGCUUCAUAACCUAGUGUACUUUGUUAUGUCUUAUAAUCAUCUCGGAAGCGGUAGAGAUGGGGACUUGGAUUUUUUCACAGACUUGACCAAUGCUACACAGUUGGAGUGGUUGGCUAUAGAAGCAAACAAUUUCGGAGGGACAUUGCCAGCGUCAAUGUCCAAUCUCUCAACCAACCUUGCAAUAAUCUAUGUUCAAGAAAACCAAUUACAUGGGAGCAUCCCUGCAGGGAUAGGGAAUCUAGUCAACAUGCAAAUAUUGGGUUUUUAUGGAAAUAUGUUCACAGGUACCAUUCCCACUGACAUUGGGAAACUUUCAGAUCUUGGGAGAUUGGGUUUUCAUAACAAUAGGUUAUCAGGGAGCCUCCCAUCCUCUCUAGGAAACCUGACAUCUUUACUUGAACUCUAUUUGCAAGGAAAUCAAUUAAAUGGCACCAUCCCUACAAGCCUUGGGAAAUGCCGUUCUUUGCUGCUGCUGGAUCUUUCUAGCAAUAAUCUUAGCGGCGACAUACCUCCACAAGUUUUUGGCCUUCCUUCCUUAUCAUCUAAUAUGAACUUGUCCGGAAAUCAUCUCAGUGGUUCCCUUCCUUCGGAGGUAGGACAGCUGAAAACUCUAAGUGGGUUGGAUGUCUCUAACAAUAGAUUAUCAGGAAAACUUCCUAGUAGCCUUGGUAACUGUGAGAGUUUAGAAGUACUUCGUUUGCAAGGUAACUUCUUCAACGGCUCCAUUCCUUCGGGAAUGAACUCCUUGAGGGGGAUUCGAGAGUUAGACCUUUCGCACAACAAUCUCUCCGGUGAAGUUCCUGUAUUUUUGGCGGGGUUUGGUGGCUUGAAGCAACUUGACCUGUCUUUCAAUGACUUUUGGGGUGCAGUGCCACUGAAAGGUGUCUUUAACAAUGCAAGUGCCAUUUCAGUUGUCGGAAACACAAGACUCUGCGGAGGUAUUUCUCAUCUCCACCUUCCAAAGUGCAAGUCUAAAGAAUCCAUGUCUCAUAGCAAGAAACUAACAAUCUCAUUAGUAUUUGGUAUUCUUGGAAUAGCUAUGCUGUUGAUAUUUCUCUUUCUUUGUUUCUUGAAAAAGAGAAGCAAAGCAACUCCAACAAGCUCUUUGGAGAAAUCUGCGUUGGAAGUUUCGUAUAGUGCUCUCUUGAAUGCUACUGAUGGCUUCUCUGAAAAAAAUAUGAUUGGUGCGGGUAGUUUUGGGUCUGUAUACAGAGGAAUUCUUGGCGAAGAUUUAGCUCAGAUUGUUGCUGUGAAGGUGUUUGACAUGUUGCGCCGGGGUGCUUCCAAGAGUUUCCUAGCCGAAUGUGAGGCACUCAGAAAUAUCAGACAUCGCAAUCUAGUCCCGGUUAUAACUGCAUGUUCCAGUGUUGACUCUCAUGGUAAUGAUUUCAAGGCUUUGGUCUAUAAGUUCAUGGAGAAUGGGAGCUUAGAGGAGUGGUUGCAUCCAACUACUGGGACAAAAGACGUACCGAAGAAUUUAAGUCUUGUUCAAAGGUUAGACAUUGCCAUUGAUGUUGCCUGUGCAGUGGAUUAUCUUCAUAAUCAUUGUGAAACACCAAUAGUUCAUUGCGAUCUCAAGCCGAGCAAUGUUCUUUUGGACAAUGACAUGACUGGACAUGUUGGUGACUUUGGAUUAGCUAGAUUCCUCUCAAGACUAGCUGAUAACGUUUCGACAAAUCAGUCGAGUUCCAUUGGAAUAAGAGGGACUGUUGGUUAUGCUGCUCCAGAGUAUGGAAUGGGAAGUGAGGUGUCGACAUAUGGAGAUGUCUAUAGCUUCGGCAUUCUCUUGUUAGAGAUGUUUAUUGGGAAGAGACCCACUGACCACAUGUUCAUGGACGAUUUGAACCUUCACAAGUGUGUAAAGACGGCCUUGGGCGAUCGAGUUUCAGAGAUUGCAGACUCAUCACUUGUUCAAGAAGGCUAUCCGAGCCAGAGCACCAAUGAUGCUCUUGAAGAACGCUUGAGUUCAAUACUAGAAAUUGGAGUUGCAUGCUCUGUGGAAUCCCCAAUAGAACGAAAGAAUAUCGGUGAAGUUGUAUCUGAACUUAAAAUGAUUCGAGCCACUCUUGUUAGAUAG